AUGCGGCUACGGCCGCCGUCAGUGGCACUGGCAGCGAGCAAGGUGCAGAGGAGCUGGCGUGCUCACGCCAGCCGCCAAAUCUUGGCCUACUUGCGCGGAAUGAUUGAAUUUCGCGAGACGGCGGGCGACGCGUCGCAGCUUCUGCGUUGCAUCAACCCUCGUGAGGCGCAGCUCAUGGCGGACGCAUCCCUCUCAUCGCACGUCCGGUUUCGGCUCGGAGGCGCUUCCUUCCCCCCGAGCAUCUACUACAAGGUGUUUACCCACGGCGCCAUCACCGACGUCGGCGCGUUUGCACCACGCGAUUACACGGCGGCGCGCAAGCAGCCGUGGCCGGGAUCGAGGAGCUCAACCCCGCGCCCAGACUCGGCCACGGACCAUCGCAAGCAGCAGACGGUAGCUGAUAAGCGAGCCGGCUGGUACUCCCGAGUGGAGAACAACGGGUGGAGACUGGUGAGCGACCGGCUAUUGGCCAGCUUUGACGAGGUGACCGCCCGCACGGCGGCGGCAGUGGUUGAUUGGGCGCAUGUAAAACUCGAGCGUCGAGGGGCGCGCUCCAAGCGCCAGCGCCAGCGCAAGAUGCGAUGGCUUCAAGCCAUGUACAAGGAGGGGCGGGCGGGAACGUUUGAUUGUGAACCGCUCGCUGGUUUGAGCGGGUCAGGAGGCGGGAGCGACGAAGAGCUGGACGCGCUGCUGAGCUGGACAGGCAGCCUCGACUACGACGCGUACCGUGAGAGCUGGCUCAGCCUCGCGACAUCCACAGCGCAUCCGCAGCAGAGCCAAUCUGAGCCUCCAAGCUGA